AGUGUAGUAAAGACAAUAGUUAACCAAAGAGAGAUAAAGCAGAGCCAACUAACCAAAGGAAACAAAAAUCUCUUCUCUUCUCCGUGGUGGUGAGUCUGGGGUUGCAAAAGGAAGGUAGAGAGAUGGCUGGUGAAGAGGAAGUUGUACCUGUUGAGCUACCAGCACCUUCUUCUUGGAAGAAAUUGUUUCACCCCAACAAAGUGGGUUCAGUGAAGAAGACAGAGAUUGUGUUUGUUGCUCCAACUGGUGAGGAGAUCAGUAAUAGAAAGCAGCUGGAACAGUAUCUCAAAUCUCACCCUGGAAACCCUGCGAUCACAGACUUUGAUUGGACAACUAUUGGGACACCUAGGAGAUCUGCAAGAAUCAGUGAGAAGACUAAGGCAACGCCGUCACCAGAUAAAGAGCCACCCAAGAAGCGAGGUAGAACCAAAUCUUCAGGGUCAAAGAAAGGUACAGAAGCUGACAAAUCAGAGGAAGGAGGAGCAGAAAAAUCUCAUGUGCAAGAAGACACUGAAAGGAAUCCUCCAGAAGGGAUUGUCGAGGAUAAGAAUGCAACUGCUAAGAAUGGCUCUGGUGAAACAGAGAAACUGAAUGAUGCAAAGAAAGGUAUGGUUGUUGAGGAAAGUCCAAUUGCGGCUUCAGUUCAAGAAGCAGGUGAGUUGUUAAAGGAGAAAACACUGGAUAUGGUUGAUGAUAGUAGCAAAGAGAAAGUGGAGUCUCAGACUGACAAAGUUGAGGAGACUAUCUUAACCGAAAAGAACUCAGUUGAAACAGAGAAUAACAUCGUUGAAGCAAGUGGUGAGCAAAAGAAGGAAAUUGCAGGCCAAGGAGCACCCGAUUCUGAAUCCAAGACCAGAAACCAUGAGGGAAAUGGGAUGACAACAGAAGUUGAGGGGAAAGAGAAAACGGCAGAAGCAGAAGCUACUGAAUAGCCCUGCACUGCUCUGCAUCUGGUAGCUCAUAAAACUGUAAGUCAGUUGUUUCUAUCAUGAAUCUACUGAAGUCUAUGUUUUGCUUCGUGCUAGUUUUUUGUUUGUUUGUAUCUAAUCAGAGCAUUAUCCCGGUGAAAGAUGUUGUUAGGCUGAGAUAUGUAUUAUGAGAUGAUUGCAGUAGUAUGUGCAAGUGCUUGUAGUUUAAAAGAUUAUGUAGAGGAGGAUAUUAUUGGUCCCUCCGUAAAACCAUUGCAACCACUAUGUGUUGGUGUUUAUCUUA